GGCAGGCUGGUCCCGGAGAAGCGUGUGUCGAGCACGGCGGCGGCGGCGGCGGCGGCAUGGCUUCGUCUCACGGGAGAAGUGGUGACCUGCGCUUCGCCGACUGGAUGUCGAGUCUCCCGCAGAGCAUGCACAGCAUCCCGCUCACCAACUUGGCCAUCCCCGGUUCCCAUGAUUCCUUCAGCUUCUACAUCGACGAAGCGUCUCCCGUGGGCCCCGAGCAGCCGGAGACGGUGCAAAACUUCGUGUCGGUGUUCGGCACGGUGGCCAAGAAACUGAUGCGAAAGUGGUUAGCCACGCAGACCAUGAACUUCAACAGCCAACUGGAGGCCGGCGUCCGCUUCUUUGACCUGCGCAUCUCCACCAAACCCAGAGACCCCGACAACGAGCUCUUCUUUGCCCACGGACUCUUCAGCGCCACGGUGAGAGAAGGUCUGGAGCAGAUCAGCAGCUUCCUGUCGGCGCACGCCAGAGAAGUGGUCUUCCUGGACUUCAACCACUUCUACGGCGUGCAAAACCUGCACCACGAGAAGCUGGUGGCCAUGUUGAAGGAGGUUUUCGGAGACAAGCUCUGCCCGGUCGUCUUUGCCCAGGAGGUGAGUCUGCAGUAUCUCUGGGAGAAGGAGUACCAGGUGCUGGUCUUCUACCACCACCCCAUGGCCCUAGAGGUGCCCUUCCUCUGGCCCGGCCAGAUGAUGCCCGCCCCCUGGGCCAACACCACCGACCCGGAGAAACUGGUUCAGUUCCUCCAGGCCUCUGUCACUGACCGCAGGAGGAAGGGGACCUUCUUCGUGUCCCAGGUGGUCCUCACACCCAAGGCCAGCACAGUGAUGAAGGGCGUGGCCAGUGGACUCCGAGAGACCAUCACAGAAAGGGCGUUGCCGGGAAUGAUGCAGUGGAUCCGGUCGCAGAGACCCGGCGAGAGCGGCAUCAACAUCAUCACCGCCGACUUUGUGGAGCUGGGCGAGUUCAUCAGCGCCGUCAUCACGCUCAACUACCACAUGGACGACGAAGACGACGACGACGCCACCUGAGGGCCGUCGGCGGGGGUCGCCGGGGAGCGCGGUCGCCCCCCCCCCCCCCCCACCCCGGCUGCCGGGGCGGGGUCUUGGGUCUGUGCUCUGCCUCUUUUCUCCUUGGCGUUUGUUUCAGAGGAGACGUGCCGCUCCUUUCACUUUAUUUAGGGCUAUCGUGAAAUGGUGAAUGAUGACGCGCGGAUGAGGUUGAGAGGAGAAACGUUCCGACGGUGAGUUAAGAUGGAGUGCGCCGAAAAUGUAAGCAAGCUGAUUUGGAGACGAAAACGGCCCCGCUUUUGAGUGAGGUGUACCCAAACCGUGCUGUAAAAAUGAAUGCUUUCACCAUACAAAUGUAAGGCUUUCUUUUCUAUUCGUUCCACGUAAUGCUAACCAUACUCUUCCGUGAUUGUUGUCUCAAAGGUAUUCUGUGAAAAAGUUGAAAUGGAAGUCGGUGUUAGAAGGCAGCCAAGCCGAGUCCAGGUUUUUCUCCUUUUCAGGUUUAUUCAAGGCUUCGAAGCCCGCUGAAGUUUGUGCGCCAAAAUGAAUCAAUUGAAACAAUCGACAUUUUCCUGAACUGAUUGUAAUGUCACCUUUUUUUUAAAUCUAAUCUAACAUUUUUUCCAUGGUUCAUUAAUUUGUUGUUUUGUGUGGUCGGAGUGUUUACCCCCUCCCGUUCAUUUGGGGAGACUCAAUUAAAUAACCAGAUGAGUUUCUCAUUCUGAAAGUUUUAUUUGAGCUGUAUUAUUUAUGGAUAAUAUUGAUUUAAACCCACCACGUGCCAUUGCUGCUAUGCAGCAAAAUCUCUAUGAGCAUGUGGUAAAAAAAAAAUGAAAACACAUAUAUAUUAAACUGCAAGAUUACACACUUUAAACAACAAAAUGAUAAAUCCAUUUUUAAUAUUCAUUGUGUGGUGGGACGGUGGCGCAGCUGGAAAGCAAUGGCCUCACACCGGUUCAAUCCCGGCCCCGCCUGUGUGGAGUUUGCAUGUUCUCCCCUGGCCGGCGUGGGUUUUCUCCGGGCACUCCGGUUUCCUCCCACAUCCCAAAAACGUACAACAUUAAUUGGACAGUCUAAAUUGCGCCAAGGUGUGAUUGCGAGAGCGGGGGUUUGUCUCCAUGUGCCCUGCGAUUGGCUGGCGACCAGUUCGGGGUGUACCCCGCCUCCUUGCCCGUUGACAGCUGGGAUAGGCUCCAGCACUCCCCGUGACCCUCGUGAGGAUAAGCGGCUAAGAAAAUGAAUGGAUGGAUUUCAUGUGUUUCGCAUGUUUAAAAAUGUCUUCCAUAUUUGUAUUUAACCUCACUUUCAAACAGUGAGUUUGUGAGGUAGGAAAAAAAAAAAUCAAAUAAGUUAUCACAGUUAUGAAAAAAAAAAAAAAAGAUGUUGCUGUAAAGGUCUGUGAAGAGUUUGUUGCCUCCGAAUGAAUUAGUGGUGGGUGCUGAGUCGUGAUGUAUAAAAAUAUUACUCACAAGAGUCCGUGCAGCAUCUGUUGAUGCUUUCAAUCUCCUCCUUGUACGUCUGCUGUAUUGACUGCUGCGGCGGGCGCACUGUUCAUGAGUCACCGUCACGCUUUUGUGCUCUUUCUGCUCACACAAAACUUGAAAGGUGAACUUUAUUUCAAGUUUUUUUUUUUUUAGGAGUGGGGUGGGGGCAGUUAUUUCUUUUUACAGCACUGCUUCAACAUGUUUUAGACAUAAGCACUUUUGGGAGCGCAUUUGUGUCUUGUCUGAGCUUGGAAUUUUGCUAUAUCAGGCGUUGUUGUGUCCAUAUUUGGUCAAUAAAGAACCUGUGCGGUAGAGAAGUAAAUUAAAGUGACAAAUGCUUUGACGGGAGGGCGACGUGCCGCUGUAUUGGACAAAAGUAACAUUUAUCUCGAUUAUAAACCCCCCCCCCAAAAAAACAGACAAAACAAACAAAAAAAAAUAACCUUCUCAGGCACCCAAAAAUUCUCACACACAUUGAAAAAUCUCAAAUUUCCUCCCCAAAUUAAUAUACGCCAAACAAAUCUCUUAUUCACACACCCACACCCCCCAAAAAAAUCAUACUCACCAAGAAUAUCUCUCUCACACCCCAAAAAAUAGUUUAUUCACAUCAGAAACCCCCCCCCCAAAAAAAAAAAAAUCCCCACUUGUGAGGAAGAAGGCUUUUGUUUAUAAUUUUUUUUUAUGUCGAUUAGUGUGUUUGAGUUGUUUUAGGGUUGGGGUUGGGAGUGGGAUUUUUUUUAUGGUUUUUUUGUAAUGUUUGUAGUUUUUUUGGGCGUGAGUGAAAUGUUUUUGGUUGCUAAAUUUGAGACGAUGUAAGAGCUGAACUGUAGGAUUAUUUUUGUUUCAAGGUAUUUGAGUUUUUAUGUGAGAUCUUUUGGUGUGUGUGAGAAAGAGUUUAUGGGUACCGCUGAGAUUUUUAAAAAAGUUUUUGAUAUGUGCAGAUUUCUGUGUACACGUAUACAAUUUUUUUUCAGUGUAGGAGGUUCUUUAUAGUAAGACAUUAAACAGUGUCUGUUUUUUUUUUCUUCUUGGGUGCGUUUGUGUGUGUGAGAGGUAAAUGUGUUUAAUAACCGAAAGGAAAUGCAGAUUUUUUUUUUUUUUUUUUGCAGAUAGUCCGUGAGAAUUUUUGUCUCAUUCCCAACAUCCGACCGUGACACAGAACUAUUAGGGAUCGGUGAAUGUGAGUUAAAAGUCAACGGUGCUGUGAGCUCGCGAUGUUUGUACGCGUCCGUGUCCUCGAAUCAGUGUGCUUUUUAUGUUUCUAUCGUGUCUGUACAUAAUAUCAUAUCAAAUGAGUAUGUUGCCAAGAAAUUGCAGAGCGGUGACUUUACGACUUUGCCAUAAAUCUUGUUUUUUGUCUUAUUUUUUUUAAAUACAAAUUUGGUAGUGAUGUGCAUGAACGGAAAACCUGAUCGAAACACUGCUCGGAUGGGUAAAUUUUGUGCAUCUCUUUUAUUAUUUUUAUUCUUACACUUGCAUGACUUUAAGACAAAUAUCCUGUUUUUUUCCUUCUCCCGAUUGCAAUCAAAAGGCCAAAAGACUUGAAAAAGGGCAUAACAUCGUGCUGUGAGGUCAUUAUUGUCUUUCCUGAUCAAAGCUGUUGUAAUUGCAUUUUUUGUUCUGAUAUUAUAUACACAUUUAAAAAAAAAAGGUAAUACAAUAAAAGUCCUUCGGUGUAGUCAAAUAGAAAUCUACGUUCCAAGAGUGGCAGAUAAAUAAAAGCCAAAUCUAUCUCUCCACGACCUCCAUCUCGUCUUUGGAAAACGACAUUCAUUUCUCGUGUAUAAUACGCACCCAUGUUUA